UCUACAGGCGAAGAAGGAGAUGUACGAUGUAAAGAAGCAGAGGUUGUGUUUAGCCCAGGAUGAGUACAAGCAUUUGAACAAUGCGCUCUCCACCCUAGCAGCCUCUAGAACUAGUCUGUGUUCAUCAACGACGUCGAUGACUACGACGUCCACCACCUCCCGACAUGACCCGGAGCUUCUGAGGUCGGAAGUGACGCAAGCGCGCGGCCGGGUCGCCCAGCUACGCAAGGAGCUAAGGCAAGCCCGAGCUGAAGUCGCCAGCGCACGUCGCGGAGUUGACACGCUUGCAGAAGUGGAGCAAAAAAUUAGCGCUCAACAGGGCUGCUACAACAUUACUGAAGCCCAAGCGAUCAUGACUGAAUUGAAAAAUAUUCAGAAGUCGCUCACCUCUGGGGAGAAAGAGAGGGCAGACCUAAUGCAGUCGUUAGCCAAACUCAAGGAUGAUUUGACGAGACUGCAACUUGGAGACGCGUCACCUGAUCUAUCAACCCUCUCACUUCCCCAGGAGAAACUAAGCACUGCUUCCCAAACCGAUCUCUGCGCCGACUUAGUUCCCAUUGGCACGAGAUUAGCUGAAAUGGCGCGGGUUCGGUUACAAUACGACGCAGCGCGGAAGAGAAUACAACAAAUUCAACAACAAUUAGCUGACUUAGAAGACAAAGUUCAGCCCGGCCAGGCAGAAUCCGAUAAGGAUAGACUGCUACUCUUCCAAGAGAAGGAACAGUUGCUUAGGGAAUUACGGAGUAUUACGCCUAGAACGAGAUCUAAACAAGAGAUGACUGAAAUCCAAACUGAAUGCAAGAGAUUAGAACAAGACCUGAAGAAUGCCUUUGAAAUGUCCAACAAGUGUAUAGCGGAUAGACUGAGGCUACAUGAAGAGAAGCAACUGUUGCUGCAACAGUUGAAAGACGCGUUGACGUCGAUGACGACCUUAGAAGGGCAGUUGAAGACGUUAUCGGCGAGUACGCUCUCGGUGUCAAGCAGUUCGAGCUUAGGGUCCCUUUCCACAGCCAGUAGUAAAGGCUCACUAAGCUCCGGCAUUAGUUUUACUGAUAUUUAUGGCGGUCCGCAAAUCGCAACGUCUUUUUCAACAGACAAGCCUAUCGACAUGGUCGAUUUGCAUCGAAGAGUUGAAAGGUUACUGCGUGGUACAAGUUAUAACGCAGACAGUGCGACUCCUGGAGCCAGCAGUUCACCAUCUCAGCCAUCCUUAUCACCGAGAAGUAGUUUGUCUUCAGCCAGUCCGCCACCACCUCCACCCUCGUACAAUCAGGUGGAAAGACAAAGGCGGCAACAGCGAGAACUAGAAGAAAAGUUAGCAGAAAUGAGGAUAGGUGUCGCCACUGGACUAAAUGAGGUUACAGGCCUUGCUACAAUUCCAGUACAGCUGCAAGGUCCAGGGCGGCCGUGCGAGCCACUCUCCCCCAUAUCAGAGACACCUCCGCCACCAUCGCCCAGAACUCCCUCGUCUAGUGGUACAAACACUAGAUCAGUAUCAGCGGCAGUGAGCGACGAAUCAGUGGCGGGCGACUCUGGGGUCUUUGAGGCUGCGCAGGCCGCGAACGAUCCUUCUAACGCAGUGAACAGCGCUCAAAUAGAGAUUAAACUACGCUACUGUGCGGAUAAUGGUACGCUGGAGAUUGGAAUCCUGCGCGCGCGCAAUUUGCACGCGUUGUACAUUGACAUCGGCACUCAAGUCGGCGUCCGGUGCGCGCUGGUGGUGGGCGGGGGCUGCGGGUCCGCGUGGAGCGGCGGCGGCGCGGCGUGGCGCGGCGCGGCGCUGGCGCUGCGACACACGCACUGCGUGGCGCUGCGGGCCGCGCGCGCGCUGCGGGCCGCCACGCUGCAGGUCAACCUCACCGCCGGCGCGGAGUGUCUGGGCUGUGCACAAGUGAGUCUAGCAGACUUCGAGCCAGACACGGUGUCACAGAAAUGGUACAACGUGCUCAGCUUCAGGUGUAUGAGACGGGAUGAGAGCUCGGAUGAGUCCACUGUCAUCUCAUCGCAGACAUCCACCUUGACGAGGAAUAGAGGACCAGAAAGUAUGACGGGUGCAGAAUGUAACGUUGACUGCGGGGACAAUUCAGCAUCGGAGGACGAAGAGUCUAGAGAACCACUUAAUCAGAUAGUGGAAGAGGAUUCAUUCGAGGAUUACAUUCCUGAGGAGGAGCUUGCUUUAGAGGAGGAGUACCUUCACCCCACCACGGCGGAGAAGGAAACCAACACCGAGUGUAACUUCUGUCCCGAGGGAGCUAGGCAGUUGCAUAGGAGGAAAAGCCAGCAAGUAAACGCCAGCCUCGCCGAGCCCCUCGCCACCAUCAAGAGGUCACAAACGUUCUCGCCACAACCACAGAGUGUCGCCAAAGCACAGUACAUCUGCAGACUGAACCGCUCGGAGUCUGAUUCGUCGAUGGCCGCGUACGCGCGCCGUGCGACGAGUCACGCGCCGCCCCCCGCCGGGAUACCCUUCGACAGGAGUGUUAGGGAGAGACGAUCGCUCAGAUGGGGUAGAUCAGGUUCGUGUCCGCGCGGCGUGCGCGGCGGGCGCGGGGCGCGCGUGUCCGCGGGCGCGGCGCGCACUUCCUUAGACCUGGCGCUGGACCUCCGCGCGCAGCACUCGCGGCUGCACCAUCUGCGCACUGAUAUUGCCAACCUUACUGCGCUCAAAAAGAGGUUAGAAGAAGCUUGGAACCGCGGUGACCCGGCCGUGGCGGCCUGGGUAGCCGAGGACGAGACCUUACGUCGCCUGGUCAGUCCGGGAGACCAACCUGCAGACAGAGCAUCACGGCUACUCAGUAGGACAUGUCGGGAGAUCUACCGUCUGAGGAAGUCUAGGCAGGGCGGACGGAAACCUGACCUUGUCACCUUCAAAGAAAAGAUGGCAUUCUUCACUCGCACCAAAACAACAAUCCCCCUCCUACCUGGCGAGGAUGGUGACGAGAUUCCAUCAGAAGACGACUGGGAAGAAGAUUUAGAAGAACGGCGAACUCCUGACGGUAGGUCUUCUAAGACAUCUUACGAGCUCCGACGUGACCAGCCAGCUACACAAGACCCGCCGGAGGUCGUGGAGUGCAAGAACCCGUGCUUGAACCUCGAGGGUCAAGAGGCAAAGGACGACACAAAGACUGAUGAGGUGAGGUAUGAGUUUGUUGUGGACAGAGUGCUCGGGGUACAGGUUUGA